CUUAAGUGCCGGCAGCUUCCUGGCUUACGGACCACCUCUAGAUAGAGGCAGUUCAUGUCAUUACCGACUGGCGCUAACGAGGUUUACGCUGACACUGCGCGUAAAGUCCGAGACACGGGGAUUUGGCGCUAAGUACGGUAGACGCGUGUGGUGUUUUUUGUGCUAAGUUCGAACGUGAAUUGUUUUGCGGGUGUGGAAGUUCCGGCGGUUUGGUUAAUUUCGUGUAUGUUAUCCUCCUUUCAUCGCUGGUUUUCAAGAAAUUAAAGGACAAAGACGCAUCUCUCGCUUUGAAGAUAAGAGGAUUGACUGUGAUGUCUUGAAAGCUGUGAGUUUCCUUUACCGAAGCAACUGAGUGUGUAACAGCAAAGCUACUUUAUGGAAAAACCGGCAGCGAACACCUAGCCGUUUCCAGACUGAGCAUCAUGGACACUGGCAGCGCGGGCAGUCAAUCUACAACUUUUAGAACAACAUUUGUACAAAAGGAAGUCGGCAAACUGAAGUUUGGUAUCGACAGGCUUCUAUCUUCUGCAUCUACGGAAAUAAAGAAGCCAGAUGAAGCAACAACUAAUAGGUCCCCGAAAGAUGGACGUUGCCCCUCCCCUCCGAACUACCGUUCAACAUCGUCACCACUUGGUCCUUCGAUGACCGAAUCGUCACCAUCAACGACGAUCGCAAAGCCCACACCAACAGUGCUCCUGCCCUGUUCCGGUUGCAUAUCAUCGCUCUACCGAUGCUGCAGGGACGAUGUGGGGCACAACGGGGGCGCGUUUCUACCGCAGCACCAUCACGAUGGGUUGCUGGGGUAUCACCAUUUGUUCAAGCAGAGCGGGACGCCGACUGGGGUGUACGGGAGCGUUCAACCUGUCCGGCCAGCUGCUACCAAGCCUAACUCCCAGGUGGCCACCAUAUCUUCAGUGCCGUCACCAUCUGAUCCAAGCCUCGCAAUCCACCAACAAGCUACCGGAGGAAAACGGAAACGAUCAUGGUCCCGAGCAGUUUUCAGCAAUCUGCAACGCAAAGGCUUGGAACGGAGGUUCCAGCUGCAAAAAUAUAUCACGAAACCGGACAGGAGACAGUUGGCUGCUACCUUGGGACUCACCGAUGCUCAGGUUAAGGUGUGGUUCCAGAACAGGAGAAUGAAAUGGCGGCAUUCCAAGGAGGCGGGGUUACAGGGAGAUAGCACGUCUUCGGCAGCGGCUGCAGCAGAUUCUACGCAAGAUCAAGAAAUACACGUGGAUGUAGACAGUGGAGGAUCUUCGUGAGAAAAAUCUGUCUUCAUUUGGGAACAAAAUCGUACUUGUUGAAAUAAUAUGGACAGAUGAACUUGUGGGAAACGAAUAUCAACGCGAACCCACGGAAGUUUAUGGAAUCAAGACACACGAUUCUGGAAUUACUGUUUUUUAAAACAUUAAUUACAAUAAAUUGUACUUUGGUUGAAGAGAAUAAAUAAAUGAUGAGUGUUCGAGUAGUUAUA